AGGCAUUGCUUCCGGACCGCGCAACACUUCCCAAAAGGAUCAAAGUAGUAAAUAUCGGCUGUCCCCUGAUUCAUAAUCACUGUUGGCACCGCAAUUCGAGAUUCGGAGAUAACCCAGCCCCACCGUUACGGACUUAGACGUCAGGGUGUACAUAGCAUCAGGGAGUUCAACGUCAAACUCAAAGAUACAUAUACCAAUACUUCGUUCACCAUGUCUUCCCAUUGUUGUUUUCCAUCUCAUUCUCAAUCAUUUCCACCAUCCUCACCUCCCGAGAACAACGCUUAAUACCGUCAAAAAGCCACUUCCAAAAUGCUCUCCGCCAAAACCAUCAUCGCAACCGGCGCCUCCUCCGGCAUGGGCUUCGAACUCCUCAAACACCUCCUCACCCAACCCUCCCCCGUCCAACAACCCUACCGCAUCAUCCUGGGCGCGCGGGACGUGCCGCGCACGCUGGCAGCCUUCGACACGCUGCGCUACGACGCGGCCCGCCACAGCGUCACGGUGCUGCCGCUCGAGCUGUUCGACCUCGCCGGCGCGCGCGCCUUUGCGUGGGAGGCGCUGGCAAGGCUUGUUAGUGGUGGUGGUGGGGAAGGGGGUGGUGGUGAGGGGGCGCAACAUUACCUGCUGCAUCUGUUCCGCGACAAACUGGUUGAGUCCAAGUCGAGGGUCGUCAUCGUCUCGUCCGGGGCGGUGAGGCUCGUGGGUCAGACAGAAUCGCUGGAGAGGGACCUCCGGGCGGACACAGUUAUCGACCUCUACACGACGUACUGCCAGACCAAGUUCGUCCAGCUGGUCAGCGCGCACUGGUGGCGGCGGGAGUUGGCAGGCCAGUGCACCGUCGUCGCUGUCUCGCCGGGUUUCAUCCCCGGUACGAACCUCGUAAAGAAGUCGGGGUUGUUCAGUGAGGAUAUGCCCGGUGCUCAGUCGAUUGCUGAAGGCGCGCACAGCAUCCUCCGAGCAUUCACCCGGGACGACUUCCCCGCGGAUCCGGAGCAAAUCCUUCUCACCAGCUGGGGCCAGUGGUGGCCCAAGGAAGUCUACGGGCUGACGCUGGACAGGGCACUUCAAGACAAGUGGUCCCCAAGCAAGGAGGCCAUCGAGCGGGAAGCUGGGCUGUCCGAUUGA